UCCUGCCUUCAAGAUUCUCUGCAGCCUACCUCCAGAUUUCACGUUUCCGACGAAGACCAUAUUACUAUAUCAUCACUUUUCACCUCUCUCUCUCUCUCUCUCUCUCUCUCUCUCUGUGACAAGCUAGCCCCACCUCUCCUUCUCUAUUAUUUAAUAUCGCAUUCAUCAGUCUCACAUCUUGAAGCAGCCACUGUAUUGUAUCUCUCUGACAGUAGAUUUGAGAAUAAUGUCUAACAGAAGAUCUCGUUCCAGACACCCAGGUUUUAACUCCACUGAUCUCAGUGAUGCCCAGAUCCACGAUCUCGUCUCCAAGUUACAACGCCUUAUUCCCCAGCUUCAACCCCCUCUCACCUCCCACCAGGUAUCAGCAGCUAAGGUGUUGAAGGAGACUUGCAACUACAUAAAGAAGUUGCACAGAGAAGUUGAUGAUCUCAGUGACAGAUUGUCCGAGCUUUUGGCCACCACUGACCCCGACAGCACCGAAGCAGCCAUUCUCAGGACCUUGCUAAUGUGAUAUCACUCUCCUAAUAUACACCUACCCUUAGGCCUUACACACACGCGCACACGCACAGCACACUAGGUAUGUGCUUGUCAGCAUGUAACUGCAUCUCUAUGUCUCAGUACCCUAUAUAUAUUAUUGCAUAUGCAUGCCCCUCUUAAUGAAAAAGGCUUUAGUCCUUUACACUGCUUGUAGACUUGUGAACUAAUUGUCCCGUCUCCCUCUCUGCACACACACACACACUGACACACACAAACAUAUAUAUGUUGCUAUAUAAAAUAACACGGGUUACACAUAUUUCUCAACGAGCUCUUAUCAGAUUGGAUUUGCAUUCUUGAAGGAUUUGAUGUAUACAGAUUGGAGCGUAUAGUGCAUGAGUAAUAAAGGAAUUAGUUUUCAUGAUUAACUUCGG